AUUUCUUUUAAGUUGGCGACUUACUUGGCAGUUGCGAGUCCACUCUCGUGGCCACCGCAAGCUGUUUACGCUACAGCCAAGCCUAACAUCGCGUGCCAAGUAAUAAAUGAGCUUGUGUAAACAGAAAAACAUUUUAAAGCAUGUAAGAAACAAGGGACAUAAAGUAGUGCGAAGGUUGUGAAUGUGAUUAUCCUUAAGUUUUCUCGUUGAUAUUCCUUUAUCGCGUAGUCCGGAAGAGAUCGCUUUAGCGAUAAGACAGCCUUUGCACGCCUCAAUGUCUAGAUAACAAUUAUUUUGUGUCUAUCUUAUUACUUUGCAUUAAAUGAGUGUGCCAACAAACUCUCUGAAAGGAAAGCUUUUUAUAAUCGUUAAAUAGAGACUUGCAAAGUAUAAACAGUUAAAAAAAUAGCAAUGUGAUAAGAUGAACGGCACAACUCAACAAAGUGACACCUCGGAGGAAGCGGACAGUGAGAGGUGCUGCACGUUUUGGGAGAGGCUGUGGUGCGCCCGUGCCACCAGAGCUUGUAGACGACGCUUCGGUAGAGUGGCUCCCGAAACUGGAUUCAGCGGCAAAACUAGGAGCCGUGAAUCGCGUCGACGCGUCAACCGGCCGCCCACAGCUCUGUACAGCUCACUCAGUGAAAGAGUUCGAAUCAGCACACCAGCUGCCCUGCAAUGUGCUCUCUUCUGCGGCGGAUCUCGUUGCCAGUACGAGCUGCCGAGACAGGGCAACUCCGCUGUACAAGGACUGUAUUCCGAUUGGGUCACAGAUGACAUCCUGGCGAUGGCGCGGCCCAGUACUGUCGGCAUUGCCGCCAGGAAUAUUAUACAACAGUUUCACAGUUGGGGUAUUCGAACUGUGAUCAACCUGCAAACCCCUGGAGAACAUGCCAGCUGUGGGCCAGCCCUCACCAAAUCCGGCUUUACAUACGAUCCCAAUGUCUUCAUGAGUAAUGAUAUAUAUUACUACAACUUCGCGUGGCCUGACUACGGGGAAGCGAGUUUGAGUGGGCUUCUGGAUAUGGCGAAGGUGCUGUCUUUUGCACUCCAAGAAGGAAGAGUUGCUAUCCAUUGCCAUGCAGGUCUAGGCAGAACAGGGGUCCUCAUAGCCUGCUACUUGGUCUACUCUCUUCGGAUAAGAGCAAACGACGCUAUCCGCCUGGUCCGCAAGAAACGCCCGCACUCCGUACAGAUGAGCGGCCAAAUCCUCUGCGUGCAACAGUUCGAACACUAUCUACUGCCACAGACAAUUGUUUUUAGUUCUAAGGACCCAGUUAUGUUGACGAAAAAUCGGAAGUGCUCAGAAUUUACACUACGUCAAUAUUUGUACCGUCAGCAAGCGACACUGCAUGGGGUGGAGGAAAGAGCAUUCAGAGAACUGCCCAAGAUUGUAUACUGCCUCUGCGAGCGCCUACUCAAGUUGUGCGGCUGUCAUCAGGGUAGCGGCUUGGACUUGAGAAUCAGAAACAGACCUUUCUACAGGUCCUUCCUGACGUACAAACUGAAACAAGGGCGACCGCCUGAAAUACAAACCCCAGAGGAAGUUUUACCAUCGCAAGUUCCAACACUACCAAUGGUGGAGUGGCGCGACCCCAUAGAAGAGGACAUCGAGCGCAACCUGGAGUCAGUCAGUAGACUCACGGGGGCGACUGGUGGGAGGAUACCAGCUGUGUUGGUACAUGAGGCCUUUCUCGUGGAUCACCAGAGUCUUCCAGAGGAGAAACAAAAAUACUUUAAACAACUUCGCACUGAUAUCAAUCAGAGGAGUGAUGCUAUGGCCAAAAUUGACGAAGAGGAGGAUCCGGAAGUGUUAACCGGGUUGUUAUUUGACUGGUUAGAGGGCCUGAAGCAACCAGUGCUGGACAGAAAUGACCUCUCCACCAUCAUCGGCCGUUGUAAACACGUGGAAAUGUGUAUUUUAGCCUUACAAAUGGAGGACGUAAUUCUUAUCGAAUAUUUGCUUCGCUUCGUGAUAAGAUUGCGACCGCUCGCAGCGCAAAAGAAAAUCGACAUCAUCAAAAGAAUAAUCGGAGGGUUAAUCCAACAGAUCAUUCCAGUAAAUGGAAAAUCUCGCCCUAAUAAAGACUUUCCUAAAUUAAGGGACGGAACAUGCGUACAAGUUACAAAUUUCAUGUUACGAAUGGUGGUGGAAAUACAAAAGGAUAUGUCGAAACCUUGUAGUGAUGACAAUGAUGUUGUUAUCCCUUCAAGGAGGCUCAGAAUAAAGGCUUGGAAAUGA